AUGCGGCUCUGGAGUUGGGUGCUGCGCCUGGGGCUGCUGAGCGCCGCGCUGGGCUGCGGGCUGGCCGAGCGCCCCCGCCGGGCCCGGAGAGACCCGCGGGCCGGCCGCCCCCCGCGCCCCGCCGCCGGCCCGGCCACCUGCGCCACCCGGGCGGCCCGCGGCCGCCGCGCCUCGCCGCCGCCGCCGCCGCCGCCGCCGCCGGGCGGUGCCUGGGAAGCCGUGCGCGUCCCCCGGCGGCGGCAGCAGCGGGAGGCAAGGGGCGCCGCGGAGGAGCCGAGCCCGCCGAGCCGGGCGCUCUAUUUCAGCGGGCGAGGCGAGCAGCUGCGCCUGCGAGCCGACCUCGAGCUGCCCCGGGACGCGUUCACGCUGCAAGUGUGGCUGCGAGCAGAGGGGGGCCAGAGCUCUCCGGCGGUGAUCACAGGGCUCUAUGACAAAUGUUCUUAUGCCUCACGUGACCGAGGAUGGGUCGUGGGCAUUCACACCGUCAGUGACCAAGGCAGCAGAGACCCACGCUACUUUUUCUCCUUGAAGACAGACCGGGCCCGGCAAGUGACCACCAUCAAUGCCCACCGCAGCUACCUCCCAGGCCAGUGGGUGUACCUGGCUGCCACCUACGACGGGCGGCUGAUGAAGCUCUACAUGAACGGUGCCCAGGUGGCCACCUCGGGGGAGCAGGUGGGCGGGAUCUUCAGCCCCCUGACCCAGAAGUGUAAAGUGCUCAUGCUGGGAGGCAGCACCCUGAACCACAACUACCGAGGCUACGUGGAGCGCUUCAGCCUGUGGAAGGUGGCCAGGACGCAGCGCGAGAUCGUGCUGGACAUGGGGACACGCGGCCCCCAGGGCCCUCUACCUCAGCUGCUCCUGCAGGAGAACUGGGACAAUGUGAAGCGGGCCUGGUCCCCCAUGAAGGACGGCAGCAGCCCCCACGUGGAGGUCAGCGGCGCCCCCGGCUUCCUGCUCGACACCAGCCUGGAGCCGCCGUUGUGCGGGCAGACGCUCUGCGACAGCCCCCAGGUCAUCGCCAACUACAACCAGCUGCCGCGGCUCCGCCGGCCCAAGGUGGUGCGCUACCGCGUGGUCAACCUGCACGACGACGGCCGGGAGAACCCCACCGUGAGCCGGCAGCAGAUCGACUUCCAGCACCGGCAGCUGGCCGAGGCCUUCAAGCACUACAACAUCUCCUGGGAGCUCGAGGUGCUGGAGGUGAGCAACUCCUCGUUGCGCCGCCGCCUCAUCCUGGCCAACUGCGACAUCAGCAAGAUCGGGGACGAGAACUGCGACCCCGAGUGCAACCACACGCUGACCGGCCACGACGGCGGGGACUGCCGCCACCUGCGCCACCCCGCCUUCGCCAAGAAGCAGCAGAACGGGGUGUGCGACAUGGACUGCAACUACGAGCGCUUCAACUUCGACGGCGGGGACUGCUGUAACCCCAACAUUACCGACGUCACCAAGACCUGCUUCGAGCCCGACAACCAGCAUAGAGCGUACGUGGAUGUUAAUGAGAUGAAGAACAUUCUUAGACUGGAUGGAUCGACACACCUCAACAUCUUCUUUGCAAACUCCUCGGAGGAGGAAUUGGCAGGAGUAGCAACUUGGCCAUGGGACAAGGAGGCCCUGAUGCACUUAGGCGGCAUCGUCUUGAAUCCAUCUUUCUACGGCAUCCCUGGGCACACCCACACCAUGAUCCAUGAGAUUGGGCACAGCCUGGGCCUCUACCACAUCUUCCGAGGCAUCUCGGAAAUCCAGUCUUGCAGCGACCCCUGCAUGGAGACAGAGCCCUCCUAUGAGACUGGAGACCUCUGCAGUGACACCAACCCAGCUCCGAAACACAAGUUCUGCGGUGACCCGGGGCCAGGGAACGACACGUGUGGCUUCAACAGCUUCUUCAACACUCCAUAUAACAACUUCAUGAGCUACGCAGAUGACGACUGCACGGACUCUUUCACGCCCAAUCAGGUCGCCAGGAUGCACUGUUACCUGGACCUGGUGUACCAGGGCUGGCAGCCCUCCAGGAAGCCGGCGCCCAUCGCCCUCGCCCCCCAGGUCGUGAGCCACACGGCCGACUCUGUGAUGCUGGAGUGGUUCCCUCCCAUCGACGGCCACGUCUUUGAAAGAGAAUUGGGAUCAGCAUGUGAUCUUUGCCUGGAAGGGAGAUUCCUGGUUCAGUACGCCUUCAACGCCUCCUCCCCGAUGCCCUGCGGCCCAUCGGGACACUGGAGUCCUCGGGAAGCAGAAGGUCAUCCAGAUGUUGAGCAGCCCUGUAAGUCCAGCGUCCGCACCUGGAGCCCCAAUUCAGCCGUCAACCCACAUACGAUCCCUCCAGCCUGCCCUGAGCCCCAAGGCUGCCACCUUGACCUGAGAUUCCGCUACCCCUUGGUCCCCGAGUCUUUGACCGUCUGGGUGACCUUUGUCUCCACUGACUGGGACUCUAGUGGGGCUGUCAAUGACAUCAAACUCUUGGGUGUCAGUGGGAAUAACAUCUCCCUGGGGCCUCAGAACAUCUUCUGUGAUGUCCCGCUGACCAUCAAGCUCCGGGAUGUGGGCGAGGAGGUGUAUGGCGUCCAGAUCUACACGUUGGAUGAGCACCUGGAGAUUGACGCGGCCAUGCUGACCUCGGUGGCAGACAGCCCACUCUGCCUGGAGUGUAAGCCGCUGCGGUACAAGGUGGUGCGGGACCCUCCUCUCCGGGUGGACGUGGCCUCCACCCUGCACUUCGGUAGAAGGUUCACAGACACAGAUGUCCGUCUUGGCAGUAUGUACCAGUAUUGGGUCAUCGCUAUUUCAGGAAAUGAAGAGAGUGAGCCGUCACCUGCUGCCACAUACAUCCACGGAAGUGGGUACUGUGGUGAUGGCAUCAUUCAGAGAAGCCAAGGUGAAGAGUGUGACGACAUGAACAAGAUCAGUGGGGAUGGCUGCUCCCUCUUCUGUCGGCAGGAAGUCUCCUUCAACUGUGUUGAUGAACCCAGCCGGUGCUAUUUCCAUGAUGGUGACGGAGUAUGUGAGGAGUUUGAACAGAAAACCAGCAUCAAGGACUGUGGUGUCUACACGCCCCAGGGGUUCCUGGAUCAGUGGGCGUCCAAUGCCACAGUGUCCCACCAAGACCAGCAGUGCCCAGGCUGGGUCAUCAUUGGCCAGCCAGCAGCGUCCCAGGUGUGUCGGACCAAGGUGAUCGAUCUCAGCGAAGGCAUCUCCCAGCACGCCUGGUACCCUUGCACCAUGAGCUACCCGUAUUCCCAGCUGGCUCAGACCACUUUCUGGGUCCGGGCAUACUUUUCUCAACCAAUGGUCGCUACCGCCGUCAUCGUCCACCUGGUGACCGAUGGGACCUACUAUGGGGACCAAAAGCAGGAAACCAUCAGCGUCCAGCUGCUUGAUACCAAAGAACAGAGCCACGAUCUAGGCUUCCACGUCCUGAGCUGCCGGAACAAUCCCCUGAUUAUCCCUGUGGUCCAUGACCUCAGCCAGCCCUUCUACCACAGCCAGGCGGUACGCGUGAGCUUCAGUUCACCCCUGGUCGCCAUCUCGGGGGUGGCCCUCCGCUCCUUCGACAACUUUGACCCCGUCACCCUGAGCAGCUGCCAGAGAGGGGAGACCUACAGCUCUGCGGAGCAGAGCUGUGUGCACUUCGCAUGUGAGGCCGCGGACUGCCCAAAGCUGGCUGUGGAGAACGCUUGGCUCAACUGCUCCGGCGGCGACGGCUACCACGGCGCCCAGUGCACUGUGCGCUGUCGGACCGGCUACGUGCUCCAGAUUCAGCGGGACGACGAGCUGAUCAAAAGCCAGACAGGACCCAGCGUCACGGUGACCUGUACAGAGGGCAAGUGGAGCAAGCAGGUGGCGUGCGAGCCGGUGGACUGCGGCGUCCCGGACCAGCACCACGUCCACGCUGCCUCGUUCUCCUGCCUCGAGGGCACCACCUUCGGCAGCAAGUGCUCCUUCCAAUGCCGCCACCCGGCGCAGCUGAAAGGCAACAACAGCCUCCUGACCUGCAUGGAGGAUGGGCUGUGGUCCUUCCCGGAGGCUCUGUGCGAGCUCAUGUGCCUGGCUCCGCCCCCGGUGCCCAACGCGGACCUCCAGACGGCCCGGUGCCGCGAGAGCAAGCACAAGGUGGGGUCAUUCUGCAAGUACAAGUGCAGACCUGGAUACCACGUGCCCGGCUCCCCCCGGAAGUCAAAGAAACGGGCCUUCAAGACCCAGUGUACCCAGGAUGGCAGCUGGCAGGAGGGAGCUUGUGUUCCUGUGACGUGUGACCCUCCUCCACCGAAAUUCCACGGGCUGUACCAGUGCACCAAUGGCUUCCAGUUCAACAGUGAAUGCAGGAUCAAGUGUGAAGACAGCGAUGCCACCCAGGGCCGCGGGAGCAACGUCAUCCACUGCCGGAAAGAUGGCACCUGGAGCGGCUCCUUCCAUGUCUGCCAGGAGAUGCAAGGCGAGUGCUCGGCCCCAGACCAGCUCAACAGCAACCUCAAGCUGCAGUGCCCUGAGGGCUAUGCCAUAGGGUCAGAGUGCACCACCUCCUGCCUGGACCACAACAGCGAGUCCAUCGUCCUGCCAGUGAACGUGACCGUCCGUGACAUCCCCCACUGGCUGAACCCCACGCGGGUACAGAGAGUGGUCUGCACGGCUGGUCUCAAGUGGUAUCCUCACCCUGCCCUGAUUCACUGCGUCAAAGGUUGUGAGCCCUUCAUGGGAGACAAUUACUGCGAUGCCAUCAACAACCGAGCCUUCUGCAACUAUGACGGUGGAGAUUGUUGCGCUUCUACAGUGAAGACCAAAAAGGUCACACCCUUCCCCAUGUCUUGUGACCUACAGGGUGACUGUGCUUGCCGGGACCCCCAGGCCCAAGAACACAGCCGGAAAGACCUCCGAGGAUACAGCCAUGGCUAA